AUGAUAGGUAAAUAUUCUCACGAAGAGGCAAAUGCAGAUGACAUGAAGACAGAAGAAACCGCGUCAAUCAUCAAAGAAGAGGACAAAGAACAAGUUUUGAAGUCUGAAUCACUCACAACAAAUGAACAAAAACCAAAAAGAUCUGAAGAUAAAGUUACAAAAAAAAAGCCCAACAGGUCUCCCUUCAACGAUAACUGUAUGUACUCUUUUGGUGACAUAAAAAAUAUGACACUGAAGUCUAAAAAACUACCAACUAACUCAAGGAUAUCAGAAUCCAGAGAAACGCCACUUAACAAGGAGGAAAAAAUUGAAAACGAUUUCAAAGAAACCUCGUUAGCUCCAAAAAGAAAAUAUUCUCAAAAUGAAAGAGGAAUUAGAGAACCAAUGGCAAUAAAUACAAAAACUCAAUCUACUGACUUAAGAAAAUCAGAGACAAUGGAAAAGUCAAACUUACAGGUUAGCGAAAAUGCAAAAUUGCUGAAUGAUCUAAAGGAACCCUCAUCCAUUCCUAAAGAAGAAAGUUCUCACAACAUAAGGGAAAUUAAAGAACCAAUGGCAAGAAUUACGAAAACGCAAUCAAAUGACUUGAGAAAAUCAGAGACAAUGGAAAAGUCAAACUUAGAGGUUAGCGAAAAUGCAAAAUUGCUGAAUGAUCUAAAGGAACCCUCAUCCAUUCCUAAAGAAGAAAGUUCUCACAACAUAAGGGAAAUUAAAGAACCAAUGGCAAGAAUUACGAAAACGCAAUCAAAUGACUUGAGAAAAUCAGAGACAAUGGAAAAGUCAAACUUAGAGGUUAGCGAAAAUGCAAAAUUGCUGAAUGAUCUAAAGGAAACCUCAUCCAUUCCUAAAGAAGAAAGUUCUCAAAUCAUAAGGGAAAUUAAAGAACCAAUGGCAAGAAUUACGAAAACGCAAUCAAAUGACUUGAGAAAAUCAGAUACGUCAAACCUAAAUGUUAGCAGGAAUACAAAUUUGCAGAAUGGCCUAUUGAAAACCUCGUCAAUUCCUAAAAGAGAAAGUACUCAAAGUAGAAGAGAAACUGAGGAACCAAUGACAGGGUUGGCAAAAAUGCAAUCAACUGAGAUGAGAAAAUCAGAAACAAGAGAAUUAUCUAACUUAAAGGCUUCUGAAGAUGUAAACUUACAAAAUGAUGGUAAAGAAACUUCAUUAUCAACUGAAAAGAAACACUCUGAAAAUAAAAAAGCUGCUGAAGAGCCGGUGACAAGAAUCACUCCUUUUGGUUGGGUGACGGACAACAUUAAUGAAGAAAGGUCGAGCGAUAGUGAUAUUGAUGCAAAAUAA